UGCCGCUCGGAAGGGGCGGAGCGGCGGCGAUGGCGGAGUGCGGGCAGGGCGGCAGCGGCGCGGGGUACCGGGGGGCGCUGCACCCCGACACCUGGGAGGAGGAGCUCGAGUCCAUCCCGAUGUUCAUGAAGCGCUGCCCGGACGAGAUCGACGCGGCGCGGCAGCCCGACCUGGCGUGUCUGCAAUCGCUGCUCUUCGACGAGGAGCGGGACCCCACGGAGCUGGCUGGGAUGUACCGAAACGAAGGGAAUGCGUACUUCAAGGAGAGGGACUACAGGAGAGCUGUCAUCUCCUACAGCGAGGGGCUGAGGAAGAGAUGCCAGGACCCGGAGCUGAAUGUCGUGCUGCACACAAACCGGGCGGCUGCACAGUUUCACCUGGGUAACUACCGUUCUGCUCUCAAUGAUGCCAUCCAAGCAAAAAAGCUGAAGCCCACCCAUCUCAAAGCAAUCGUAAGAGGAGCUCUCUGUCACAUGGAGCUGAAGAAUUUCUCUGAAGCAAUAGCUUGGUGUGAAGAGGGCUUGCAGAUAGAUUCAAAAGAGAAAAAGCUUGUGGAAACGAGAGCUAAAGCUGACAAAUUAAAGCGAGCUGAGGAGCGGGAUGCAAGGAAAGCAAAGAUGAUGGAGAAGAAAGAGCAGUGUCAAAAGGAAAUUUUGCUUGCAGCAAUAAGGGAAAGAAACAUCAAGCUGAUUCUUGAGCCUUCAGAUGAGGAAGAGGAAAUAUCAGAUAGCCUGGCUGAGAUAUCCUUAGAUGGGUUCCACUCUGACAAUGCCAUGAGGGCCAAGGUGCACUUAGAUGCUGAUGGCAACCUGAACUGGCCUGUCCUCUUCCUGUACCCUGAGCAUGAGCAGACAGACUUCAUUGCAGCUUUUCAUGAGAACUCCAGGUUUAUUGAUCAUUUAAUGGUGAUGUUUGCUGAGUUACCUCCUUGGGAUUCAGAAAGAAAAUACCUUCCCAGCAAUCUUGAGCUCUAUUUUGAAGAUGAAGAAAGAGCAGAAAUGUAUGAGGUGAACCCAGAACACACAUUGCUACAAGUGCUGCAGCAUCAAAGGUGAGGCUGUACCUGUACAUGUCCAGAGAGAGCACGAAGGCAAAAAGUAUUUUGUGAAGGCCGGGACUCCAACAGUUUUGGCAUUUGUAAAGCGUUCUCCUUUCUCUAAGAAGUACUUCUCUGGCAAGAAGGUGCAUCGACUAUAAUGAGCAGGAAUGAAACGAGGAGUCCUGUGCAAGAGGCUGCUGUUUGUUAUCCCGGGUAGAGACAGCAAACUUCUUCUGGAACAAAAAUAUCUUGCACACUUCAGAAAAGAAAUAACCUUGACACAUGAGGAAACUUCUAGGAAAGCAGCACAGGAGAAUGAAGGGCUUACAGGAGGGGAUUUUUUGUUUAAAAAGAGAUGCAGCUGGCUUUCAGAAGGUCUCCUCUGUGAUAGGCUGCAUGUGGUCUUGAAAUAAACCUUAAAGUGCUAAACACUGGUUGCAGUUGAAGCAACAGCAGCUGGGAAUGUUCUUGCUUACCUGUGAAACAUCACUGAUUUCCUUGGAGGUGGGCUGUAGUUGCUGGGCUCUGGCAGCAGUGGUCUGAGGAGACACCUGCCUGUUGUGGCAGGAUGGAUGCAGUCAGAUUCCUGCCUGGGAUUAAGCAGCUGCUGUUAUUUCACCGCUUGGCUCUGCUGCUGUCCAGAGUAGAGCAGAGCUCUUUGUUCAGAGCAGUGUGUUUUACUGACCCUUUUGCUACCUUACUGGUUGUCCUAGGUAACCUAGAAAUAAACAUGUCU